GUGCUGGUUCCUGCUGUGCUACUGAAAGACGUGGUGCUCGCUGCACUGCUCGUCUCACUGGUAACUUUGAGGAUCUUGGCGCUGAAUCCCAUCGCACUGCUCAGCGUCGUGGUGCUCAGCUCCAUCGCGUUGCUCAGUGUCGAGUUGCUGGUCACCGACGUGCUGCUGAAAGACGUGGUGUUCGAAGCACUGUUCGUGUCAUUCGUAGGUGUGAGGCUGCUGAUGCUGGAUCCCGUGGUUGUGCACAUCGUGGUGGUGCUCGACUCCGUUGUGCUGCACGGUGUCACGGAGCUGGUCCCGGACGUACGUACUGCUCAAAGACAUCUUGCUCGUUGUACUGCUCGUCACACUCGUGGAUGUGGGCUGGGCCCCGUCGUGCUGCUGCUAAACGUAGUAGUGCUCAAUUUCGUCGUGCUGCACGGUGUCGCGGAGCUGGUCCCGAUCGUGCUGCUCAGAGGCGUGAUGGUCGUUGCACUGCUCGUCUCGCUUGUAGGUUUGAGGCUGCUGCUGUUGGGUCCCGUCUUGAAGCGCAGUGUCGAGAUGCUUGAUCCCGUCGUACUGUUCAGUGUCGAGGUGCAGGUCGCUUACGUGCUGCUCGUUGCGCCACUCGUUUCCCUCAUACAUGUGAUGCUGCUGAUGCCAAAUCCUGCGGUACUGCUGAACGUAGUGGUGCUCAACUCUGUCGCAUGGCUCGGUGUGUGGGUGCUGGUCGCAGAUUUGCCGAUGAAAGACGUGGUGUUCGAUGCACUGCUCGUCUCACUCGUAGUUGUGAGGCUGCUGGAGCUGGAUCCCGUCGUGAUGCCCGCCGUCGUAGUACUCGAUUUCGUCGUGCUGCACGGUGUUACGAUGGUCCAGGACGUGCUACUCGAAGGCGUGAUGCUCGUUGCACUGCUCGUCUCACUCGUAGAUAUGAGGCUGCUGAUACUUGAUCACGUCUUGAUGCUCACCAUCGUGAUGCUUGGUCCCGCCGUACUGCUUGGUGUCGAGGUGAUGAUCCCUGGCAUGCUGCUGAAAGACGUGGUGCUCGUUGCACUGCUCGUCUCACUGGUAAAUUUGAGGAUCUUGGUGCUGGAUCUCGUCGCGCUGCUCACCGCCCUGGUGCUCAACUCGGUCGAGUUGCUCAGUGUCGAGGUGACGGUGAUAGACGUGCUGCUGAGAGAUGUGGUGUUCGGUGAACUGGUCGUCUCACUCGUAGGUGUGAGGCUGCUGAUGCUGGAUCCCGUGGUUGUGCACAUCGUGGUGGUGCUCGACUCCGUUGUGCUGCACGGUGUCGCGGAGCUUGUCCUGGACGUGCUGCUCACAGCCGUGAUGCUCGUUGCACUGCUCGUCUCCCUCGUGAAU